UCUUCAAAAGCAGAAUUGAAUUAGUAACGAUACUUACGAAGUGCGUAGUAUCUGUUAUAGAGUUCUAUAUAAGAGCGUCUCGUAAUCGGCGAUGCCUUUAGUGACGAAAAACUGCUGGACCCGUCGAUACUCGCUCAGUAUCUUAUGAAAUUCUCGCCAGAAUGAAGACAUACAUCGUAGUGUUUACGUUGUUCGCUGUCAUAUUAAGUGUCAACGGAGAAGUGCAAGACGAUAUGCAUUUACAGAAAAAGAUUCAGGAGUGUUUUGCUGAAACUAAUGUGCCUCCAGGUGAACUAAUGGCAAAAUAGAUCCAGAAACACAGUUAGUCGCUAUGCAUCCCGAUUCCUACGAUACUAUUAAAGAAGUUGUAAAUGUGUGCACUAUGACUGCAAAUCAAGAAACUGAUGAAUGCGAAAUCGCUCACAGCUAUGUCAAAUGUCUAAUAAAAAACGUGAGCAUAUAUUAGCGUUAGACAGAAUUACCAUUUGAUGUUACAAAAGAAAUAUGCAAGUCGUCAAGUUUAAUUAGAUUAUCAGUAUAAUAUUAGGCAACGUAUUGCCUACUCUGACGUACAUUAAAGUUAUCAUCAUACUCGUUAUAGUAUUUUAAUUUUAGUAUAUAUUUUAAAUUCAUUAUAAAAUUAAACACUUAUAAAAUCAAGUAUUAUUGAUAAUGUAAGAUACGAUUAUAUUGUAUUUGUUAUGAUGCACAUCUAUGUAGAAAGUAACUUUUUGUUUAUAUCGCAGCCCUUACUUUUAGGAAAAAUUAUUGUAUAUAAUAAAUAUUGUAAUAUUAUACUAUAUAAGUGCAGUACUAUUAAUAAAUUAAAGUUAUACUUUUAGCCGAAUAAUUAUCGGGCAAGAGUCGCAGAUUGUAGUUGAAAAUAAUUGUUAUCUUAUAAAUGUAUUCGUAACUCACCAUCUCUAGAUUAAGUAGUAGCUUGAAAUAAUUAAUGAUUAUUUAAUAACACACCAAAGUAGCAAAUAAGCGCGGUAAGUCAAUAACAAAUAAUUACAGAACGAACACAUCUUUGCUAUGGCUGCAUUAUUCGGAAUGAAAUUCAAAAUCGUGGCUACCAACUUUUAUGUCGAUUUGUAUCUCUGUGAUGAAAUUGCUUCUUCCUGUUUGAUAAUUUUGCGAUAAAACUUCUGGUCAUUAUUUCGUAAAUUACUUAUCUACGCCUGGGUAUGGUUCGUAUGCCAAAAUAAUUACUUAAUAAUGUAAUUGUAUCGAGAGCAUGACGCCUUCGGUGGAUUCACCAUAAUCUUAUAUAAAUGAGUUACCAGAAGACAGUUUGUGUAAUAUGAAAUAUUUUUCCAACGAAUCGCCCGACUAAGAGUGCAAAUCAAUAAAAUACAAAAUGAAAGUUAUUGUAUUGCUAGUUACUGUACUAACCAUAACGAUUCACGUUUCGUGUCAAACGGAUGAAGAAGUACAUAAAAUAAAAGAAAAGUGUUUUGAUCUGAGUGACAUACCCGUAGAAGACCGAGUAGUGUACAACCCUGAAAAUCCAAAGCUCAAAUGCUUUAAUGCAUGUACCUACACUGGUGUAGGAAUGAUGAAGGAUGGAAAAAUAGUACCAGAAAAAUACAUCGAAAGACUGCAAGAUUCUUUAAAAAAUGAGAAGAAGUCGGACGUGGAAGCAUUUAUGAAACAUAUGGAGGAUUGUGCCGUUAUGGCUAACAAACUAAGCGAUGAGUGUGAAGUAGCCUAUUCAAUGAUAAAAUGUUUGUAAUUUUGUGAUAUAAAUGUAAUAUAUAUUAACAUUGUGUAUUGAUGAAAUAAAAAAUGUUCUGCGCCCUGUUUA